ACCAAAUUCACCCUUACGUGUCAAAAUUCGUGCAAAAGACAGUGAACGACGAUUCAGGCGUGUGGACGAGUUGGAUAACGCCCACACGUGUGGGCGUUAGUGUUUUUGUAAAAUAAAACAGUCGCAUCAUAAAUAAAUAAAUAAAUAAAUAAAUAAAAAUAGCGACGGGAUGGACUGUGGACGUUCAACGGUCUUGGCGCGCGUAGCAGCAAAAGUAGCGACCGGAUUCCCAAAUCGCAAGUUCCAGGAGCAGGGAGCAACCAUGGAGAUCUCGCACCUCGCGUACGUGCUCCUCUUCCUCUCCGCCGCCGUCGUACUUUAUGUCCAGCGCCGCCGAGCUUCUCCGUCGAGAACGGCCAACUGGCCUCACCCGAACCCCGUCCUGGGCAACACCGUGGAGUUCAUCCGCAACCGCGGGAGGUUUUUCGACUGGUACGCCGACAUGCUGCGCGCGUCGCCGUCCAGCACCAUCGAGGCGUGGGGGGCCCUGGGCGCCAGCCACGCCGUGACCACCGCCGACCCGGCCGCCGUCGACCACCUGCUGCGCGCCAGCUUCGCCAACUACAACCGCGGCGCGCAAUUCCGCGCCGCGCAGUCCGAUCUCAUCGGCGAUGGCCUCUUCGGCGCCGAUGGCCGCCUCUGGAGUCUCCAGCGCAAGCUCGCGUCGUACGCUUUCUCCUCCCGCUCGCUACGGCGUUUCACCGAGGACGUCCUCACUGUCCACCUCGGCCGCCGCUUCCUGCCGUUCCUCGAUGCCGCCGCGGGGUCCGGCGAGGCCGUCGACCUGCAGGAGGCUCUGCGUCGGUUCGCGUUCGACAACAUCUGCCACGUCGCCUUCGGCGUCGAGAGCUCCACGCUCCUCGAGUGGGGUGACCCCCGGCACCAGGCGCUCUUCGCGGCGUUCGACACGGCCGUCGAGAUCUCCUUCAUGAGGACGUUGAACGCGCCCACACCGGUGCGGAAGCUCACGAAGCUUCUCAACAUCGGCCAGUCGCGCCGGCUCCGAGAAGCCGUCGGCGUCAUAGACGACCACGCCAUGUCCGUCAUCGAAGCCAAGGGGGUGAGCCAGAGAAACAGCCGCGAUGAGGGCGACCCGGACCUGCUCUCCCGGUUCAUGGCGGCCAUGGACGAGGAGGACGGCGGCGGUGACCUCGCCGCCAUGUUCCCUACGCCGGAGGCCAGGCGCCGGUUCCUGCGGGACGUGGUCGUCAGCUUCGUUCUCGCCGGCAAGGACACGACGACCUCGGCCCUGACGUGGUUCUUCUGGCUCCUCGCCGCGAACCCGCGGUGCGAGCAGCGCGUCCACGACGAGGUGUCGCGGUCGCCGGACGGCAACGUGAAAGGCAUGCACUACCUGCACGCCGCGAUCACCGAGGCGAUGCGCCUGUACCCGCCGGUUCCCUUCAACGGGCGGAUAGCCGUCGCGGACGACGUCCUCCCGGACGGCACAGUGGUGCGCGCUGGCUGGUUCGCCAACUACUCGGCGUACGCGAUGGGGCGGAUGGAGAAGCUGUGGGGCGAGAACUUCAUGGAGUUCGCGCCGGAGCGCUGGCUCGGUGACAGCGGCGAGUUCGCGCCAGUGGACGCGGCGCGGUAUCCGGUGUUCCACGCCGGGCCGCGUGCGUGCCUCGGGAAGGAGAUGGCCUACAUGCAGAUGAAGACGGUGGCGUCAGCCGUCCUUCGGAGGGUCAGGUUGAACGUGG